AUGGCUAAGUCAGUCUGCAUCGUGGGUGCAGGCCCAGCUGGUCUAGUGGCAGCGAAAAACCUCCUUCGUGGCGCCCCAGAAGGGUUUUUCAAAGUAACCAUAUUUGAAGCUCAAAGCGACCUGGGAGGACUGUGGCCGACCUCGAAAGAUGAUACGGGCCGUCAAAUUCAUCCGCUCAUGUUCACGAAUGGAAGCAAACACACAGUUGCCUUCAGUGACCUCUGCUGGGAAGACGAUAACAUCUCUCAGUUCCCCAGAGCUUACAACGUUGGGCAGUACUUACACCGGUAUUAUGAUCGUUACCUCCACGGAAAUCCCAAUUUUCAGCUUCUAUUGAACAGCCGGGUCAUGGAAUCGAAACCAUCAGCCAAUGGCUCUGAUCAGUGGAUUGUACACUUUGAAUCUGGUAAUGAGAUGCACACGAGAACCUUUAAUUACUUGAUUGUAGCAUCGGGCUUCUUUGGGCAGCCCAUCACGCCUCCGUGUUUUCAUCAGACACAAAUUUCAGGCAUUCCCGUUCUACAUAGCUGCCAAUACCGCGAUUUGAAAGGCCUGCUUGGCAAGGGUCGGCCAGGAGGUGGCAAAAUUCUGGUAGUUGGAGGGCAAAUGUCAGGAGUGGAGAUUGCAGGCACCAUUGGUACACAUUUAUCCUCUGCUAUCAAUUCUGCGGAUGAGUUUGAUAUACCAGACAUCGCCAGCUAUUCUAUUCACAAUGUUGUGCCCAGACCCACAUGGGUCUUUCCGCUGUUUACAAGUCCCGAGCCUACUACUGCCGGUGCUCCAUUCCUACCAUUGGACUUUGGAUUUUUCAAUCGCAAUAAUAGAGGUGAAACCUUGGCCAAUACUCAAGGUCACAUCGACGAAGAGAACGCUGAGUUUAUGCACGGGCUCUACCAGUACAUGCUUGGUGGUGAUCAGUCUGAGUUUUCUUCUAAAAUCCAGAUUACGGAAGACUCGAUGACAAUCCAGCCACACAUGUCCGUGAGUGAUUGGUACUGCGACUUUGUGAGAUCAGGGCUCAUUACCGUGUCGCACGGAAAAGUCAAUUCUAUGGAGGGAGACACAGCGUACAUCUCCCUAGGGGACCAGCAGAUCAAAGAAAUUGCUGCCGUUGUUAUUGCCACUGGAUUUGACCCGAGCCCUUGUUUGAGCUUCUUGCCGGAAGACAUUCGUCAAAAGCUUUCUCAUUCCCCCAAGCACGUCAAUCAGCCUCUAGCUCUGGCUUUCCACGGAACACAUCAUCCUGAUAUCCCAAAGCUUGGUUUUGUUGGCUUUUAUCGAAACCCCUACUGGGGUGUCAUGGAGAUGCACGCACGUUACCUGACAAAACUUUGGUCAGAUCCAACUUCUGCGUCACUUCAACGCAAGCUAGCCAACGAUAACUCUAUUCAAACAACGCUCUCCUUGCGUGAUGAUCCUCGAGUCUCGCAGUAUCCAAUGGGUGACUACCCUUAUUUAAUGCAAGAAUUUGCAGAAGCUUUGGACCUGAGUUUCUUCUCCCUGCCUACACCAGAAGGGAUGCCAACCCUUUCUCACAAUGACCUCCCUCUGGACAUGUUUACUCCAGCCAGAUAUUGCGACAAUUAUUCUGGAAAUAUCGAGACCAAUGAUGCUGAAAUCGCCGUUCAAAGGAUCCAAACCGUUAUCAAGUUGUCGCUUACCACUCCAAAAUAUGUUGCGAGGGGUAUUUUCCGCAGCCUUUUGGGCUCGUGGAAGAUGAAAACCACUAUCAAAGCCUUAGCCUCUUCCAGCCCGGAGGAAAUUUUGGUUGGAAAUAUGGAAUUCCUGCUUCGGAGGGCAACAAGAGAUGGACAGCAACAUUUGAUUAACGGCAACCAGGUGAAGCACGAUGGUGACGCCUUGGAGUAUCUGUGUGUCGAAAAAAGGACAUGGCAAGAUUGCAGCGCUACUGAUAAGCCUGAAUCUCGUUAUGUCUGGCGUUAUGAUGACCAGGUAGACUUGUUGAGUGUGUGGUCCGUGGGACAUGAUGAUCCUAUGCGAGCAAAUUCGCUGUCUCACAUAAUUGAAUUUAAGCAGCCCCGAGAUGAGGAGGAACGAGAGGAUGGCUGGUCGGCCUAUGCAAAUAACUUGAGAACAGCUGAGCUUGAAGUUAGCUACAAAUUCGCUUUUCAAGCGGUCAACCUCACGGAGUGGAGUAUUACGACCACCUUCAAAGUUGACGACAAGGAUUUCAUGGCACAGAAAGUCAUGACUCGCUACUAG